ACCUCCCUUUUCCCGCACUCAAUAUAGAACAUCCAUACCCUUAUACUUCGUCAUCAACUAUAAAGACAUUUAUGAACUAUAGUAGAGCUGCAAAAAGUAGCAAAAAUAUUUGUCAGUUAUUUGUGACAAACAAAAGCAAAAAGCAAAGCCAUAGCAAGAAUUCUUAACUUGUAGGAGCAAAGGUUGAUGGAGAUUCGUGUUGAAAACGGGGAUUCGUCAUCCCACGGCAUUGUCGUGGACGAAAAUGCCCCUCUUCUCGAGCCGCAGGAAGCGGAUGAGAAGAGCCUCGUGCAGAGAGCCAUCAGCCAGACGUUCCAGAGCGUGGCCCACUUGGCCAACCGUCUACCGACCGGCGCCGUCCUCGCUUUCCAGCUUCUGGGGCCCAUAUUCUCCAACGCGGGCCACUGCGACGCGGUCGGGCGGUCCCUGACCGCGUCGCUGGUGGCGGCGUGCGGCCUCUCGUGCUUCGUCCUCAGCUUCACCGACAGCUUCAAGGAUAGGCACGGGAACGUCUGCUACGGGCUGGCGACGCCGGGCGGACUAUGGGUGAUCGACGGGUCGUCCGCGCUCCCGCCCGAACUCGCGGAGAAGUAUAGGGUGAGGUUCAUCGAUUUCAUGCACGCCGUGAUGUCGGUGUUGGUUUUCGCGGCGGUGGCGUUGUUUGACCAAAAUGUGGUCAACUGUUUCUACCCGACGCCGUCCGUGGAAGCCAGGGAGGUUCUCACGGCCGUGCCGGUCGGAAUCGGGGUGUUUUGCAGCAUGCUUUUUGUUGUUUUUCCUACCAAGCGCCAUGGCAUUGGUUUCCCCCUCACAGCAGAGAGUUGAUUAUUAAGUCAUCAUGUAUAUUUUGCUCCAGAUUGUUUUUAUUUCUACAUUGAACACUAAAUAAAGACUAAUUUACAGUCUCUGUAAAAUGCAAACAAGGCUCAUAAAAACGCCCUCCACAAGUCUUCAAUUGUAGGGGUUAAAGAGCAAUGAUUCCAGCAUUGUAAAUCCCAAUUUCUUAUUGAUAAAGAAAUAUUUUUCCACACUGUAAAUUAAAAAAAAAAAAAACUAAUAUAUGGUCCGUAUAAGAAUAAGGGUUACUCUUCUCCAGAGGAAUCAAGGGCCCCAGAGGACACGGAGAAAUUGAGCCAUUGUGUCAUAAUGAAAUAAGGUAUAUAAAUUAAUUUUUUUAAACAAUAAUUAACAUUAUAGUAAUAAGAAUAAUAAAAUGUCAAAUUCAUAGUAUAUAUACAUACAAAAAAAAAAUACAUCGUCAAUUGGUUCUAAUCUCACACAAAUUAAUUAAGCAUAAAAUGUGUAAGCCGAUCCAUGCUAUAUAUCAUGAAGAUCAACCUAAAAAAUCAUCUGAGUUAUCUACCUUAAAUCAUCGCCACAAUAUGAUCGAUGCAUACUUAGCAACAAAUAGAUGAGUAGAUGACAGAAUAUUUAGGGGAAAAGUGGGAAUAAAAGAAACAAAUAGGAAAGAGGGGAAGAAAUUGUUACCAAAGGA